CACUACUAAUUCAAACUAGUAGUAGUUUUUCCCUUGGUUAGAACGGUGCUAACUAUUGUACAAUUAGCACUGUAGCCGUUCCCCAGUUAAACUAUGGUUCGUUUGCUUUAUUGAUUUAAAAAUGAGGGUUUUGUAAUUUAAAAACCCAAAGAUUUAUCAAGGAUUUGAGGCAUUUAUGAAUUUGUAACAAUCCUUUGUUUGUUGAGAUAUUUUAUCAUGGAUUUAAGGGUUUGAGAUUUAGAACUUAAAGUCCAAAAUUAUAAUAUUAUCCUUUUCUAUUUGUUUGUCGUGUUUAUUAUAUGUACACAAAACAAUGAUAAUACGUAUUAAUAAGCAUAAUGUUGCCAUAAGGACAAUAAUAAUAAACAUGAAAAUUUCGUUCAACUUUUAACGUAACAUAUAUGGGUUACCAAUUAUUUGUCCUCAUUUUCAAAAGUAACAUAUAGCAACAUAUAUUAGAACCGGGAAACAAAGAAUUGCACGUUCCAUGAAAAAGUCAAAAGAAAUUAGAACACAAGAAAAGAUAUAAAAAUUCUAACUCAUGUUUACAAAUUAAUUGAAUAUUUAUAUUAUUUCUUUGUUGUUAAUUAAUUAAUUAUUUCUAAUGUGUAAAUGUGAGGGUAACUUUGAAAUUUUAAAAGUUCAUCAGGGUAUAUGGAUAAAAUCCCACCAUAGAUCUAUGACAUGUUACAAAUUAUACAUCAAUAUGUGAGAUUUACAAAAAUUCGUGAGCCCUACUAAUUUUAUCCUAAAAAAAUGUAAGCAAACAAUAAAUUUUAUGUAAAUUUAGGUUUAAUUCAUCCGCAUAGCCAUAAUUUUCACGAUUUUGACAAAUAUAGCCACUUUUUGAAAAAUACACAGUUGUAGCCACAUAUUGGAACUCAUUUGACAAAAUUAGCCAUUUCCAUUUAAAACUUUAACACCGUUAGCAAGACGCUGAUGUGGAUGCCACUUCACCUCCCACAUCAGUUCCAACACAUGUCCAACUAGACUCGCCAUGCCAACUGGGCGCCACAUCAAAUUAAAGUUUUUCUUUUUUAGAAAACACUAUUAUUAUUAUUAUUAUUAUUAUUAUUAUUAUUAUUAUUUUUCUCUUUCUCUUUUGCUCUCCACACCGUCCGCUUCAUCUCCCUCUCCAAAGCUUGGAUUUAUUCCUCUGCUACUAUCUCUCUCUUUGAUUUUUGAUUCCUUAUGGAAUGGAUAAUCGAUGAGCAACAGAUUUAGGUACCGAUUCUCGUCGGUCAAAUCUGUUUAGGGCGUCGUUCCUGGUUCCGCCGCACUGUCGCCGUGGAAUCCCUAUCGAAGGGAGAACGAUCCCUGUCCACCGAAGAAAGCAGAAGAGGAUCUGAAUCGGCCGUUCAUAACCUGCUCGCAACUCCGACUCUGAAAAUCAUCUUAUGGCGGAGACUUUAGAGAUUCAGCAAUGGCGGAGAGAAACAGAUACACGAAACAGUUUCUGGAUCUGGAAUUUUUCAAAGGGGAAGUUCAAUGGCAAUUAGGGUUCUUCAAUCUCUCGGUCUGGUAUUUUCGCCGACGAGAUGUAAGAGGUGAGGGGAGGCCAGAUCAAGCAAGAGGAGGAGAGAAGAGGAGGAACCACCGUCAGUCCCCUGUUGCCCACUGUCGCUGCUUUGUACUUCUCACAGAUAGACAAGCUUCUUCAGCUGCGGACCACCACCGCCACCUCUCUUCUCCUUAUUCUCCGAUGGGUUGUUGAGAAAUGCAUUUUCUUGUUCGCUGGGCUAAGGGGAAAGAGCUUGUGGGUGCAGCGACAGAGGAUUGGCCGUGGCGAGAAGAUGAAGAAGAAGAGGAAGGGAAGCCUUAGCGGCGGUCAAAAUAUAAAUUGUAGGGUUUUCAGUUAAUUAAAAGAAAAGGAUAAUUUUCACUGGGUCUUUUCUUUUAUUAUUUACUAGCUUUUUACCCGGCUCGUUGGCCGGAGAGUUUCAUUUUAUCGUUGACAUUAAUUCAAUUUAUCUAUAUGUUUAAACUAUUUUAGACCUUCUAAAAAUAUUAUAUUUUGUAUUAAUAAGUGAGUAUGUGGUGUGUCUAUAUAUUGAAAAUUCUCAAUACUUAGUACAUUCACUUAUAAUGUUUGAAUUCUCUAAUCAUAAACCAUGUCACAAAGGUAUACCACGUCCCAUGUACAAUUUUUUCUAUCUUAUAUGAAUCCAUGUUGUUCAGAUGAGGACAUCUUAGUUAGAGUUUCUUUGUACAUAUACUUCAUUAUUGGAUAAAUUUCUACAUCCCAAUUAAAAGUUGACACUUAGGAUGUUCAUGAAGUUUACUGUAAGAUCUUAUUUGUAUUUAGUCUCUUAUACAAUAUGUAUCAAUUGCUAAUUUUUUAAAUUUAAUUUGGACUAACUGAGACUCAUUAUCGUUGUUUAUACAUUAUUUUAGAAUCUCAAUCCAAGAUACUCACAUACGGAUUUUGAUCUUAAUAUGGUGCGUUAGUGUAUAAUUUUACAACUUGUAGAACCUUCGUUUUCUAAAAUUUAUUUAUGUUUGGUAUUAGUUUAGAAAUAAAAAUUUCAUUAAUUAUACUAAUAUAUUCAUUUUUCUGUAUUGCCACAUUUAUUGUCAAUAUAUAAGCAUAUAUAUUAAAAAGAGUUUAAUUAUUUUUAAGUGUAAUUAAUACUUGUUUUUUACUGGGAUUUGUAAAAUGUUAAGAAAAUAAAGGGAAAUAUGAACAAUUGUAAAAGAAAAUAAGGGAUGGAAGGACACAUUAUAAGUGAGAGAAAAGUUAUUCUUACUUAUCAUCUUCAUUUAUCCAAUGAGGUGAUCUAUUCUUGCUCCAUUGAAUUUUUAUCAAAUUAUUUUAUUCCGUAAAUAUAUUAUUAGUUAUGCAUGUGUUUUAUUGCAAAAAAAUGCAUGUGUUUGCUAAGAAAGAUCAUAUCUCUUACGAUGAUCAACUUCUCUAAUCUUGCCUCAUUUUCAUGUGAAUUUUCAUGAAGUCUCCUAACGAUCUUAUGUUAACAUAUGUCUAUCAAGAGACCCAAAUUUAGUAUAUUAUAUAACAGAGUAAAUACUUUUUAUUAUUCAAAUAUUUCAAAAAAAAUUCAAAAUACAAAGUAUUAGCCAAACGUUAACUCCCCGUUAGCAUUUUUAUGUGAAUUCAAAAUACAAUGUUGACUCAACAACAUGAUGAUGAGUUGAAAGAGACACGUGACGGUCUAUAAUCCAAUUUAGUAUUUUAAUUAAAAAAGAGUUACAAAAUUAUUAAUGAUAACAAACAAAUGGUUAAUAUUUUGAUGUGAUACAAAAUAUUUGGCUAAUCAUUUAUAGUUUGAAAGGUUUGGCUAAUAAUUUAAAAAAACCGAAAGGUUUAGCUAUUUAAAUGUUAUUUACUCAAUAUGUAUCAAUUGCUAAGUUGUCUCCUCCCACAUUUUGUCACGACCACUACUGAAGAUCCAUACCAGAUAUGCCAUGUCCAAUCCUCACCUUUGUCCACCAAUUCACGGCCCAUAUAGUAACAUCGCCAGCUGAAUUUUAAAUUGUCCUCCUGCACCAUUUCUCACAGGCGCCACCAAAUUGUGGACAUUGUUAGUUUCGUCUACCCGGGUAUUUCCACUCUCUACUGCAUUUAACACGCGUUAUUUGGUUUGUUUUCCUUCACUCAAAAUUUCUUCUCCUAACGACAAAUCAAAAGGUAAUGGCCUAACACCUACUUAGCAUAUGACGUAAACUGAAAAUUUACUUAAUAACAUUUAUUCAAAUAU